AUGAAAAGGAUUUUCUCUGGUGUGAAGUCACCAAAGUUACCUGCUCCCCCAAAAGUCUUCAAAAAUGAUGAGAGCCCAUCCACUCCAAGCUCCCCCAAAUUCGAUCAAGGCCUUCGAAGUUUAUCGGCAUCUGCCUCAAGGCUCUUCAGUAGCUCAACAUCCACUCCUGGUAGCCCUACUUUAGAUCUUCCACAGGAACACUCUAUUAAUGGUGACAUCUCACCAGAACUAGUACCAAUCGUUACUUUACUUUCCGCACAGUCUCAUAGAAGAUACCAUCAUGGUACAUUCCUGAUAUUACAUGACUUGAAAACGGAUGGAACACCUGCUGCGCGUCAAUGGGAUGAAUGCUAUGGAGUAUUGUUAGGAACCCAGUUGGCCUUAUGGGAUGCGAAAGAAUUAUCAGAUUCGAAGACUAAUAGGGACACAUCAAAUUUGAAGAAAGUCGCAUCGAGACCCACUUUCAUCAACUUCACAGACGCUUCUGUGAGGAAUUUGGACGCUAAUGAUCAGAUAAUCAGUGCAGCAGAGAGCAAAAAUACAAAAAAGGAUCUAGACAACGUUCUUGUUGUUUCAACAACUUUGAAAAACAGAUAUUUCUUAAAAUUCAAAAAUUCAAAAUCGUUCAAAACUUGGAAUGCAGCAAUUAGGCUUAGUCUGUUCGAGUUUACAGCAUUGCAAGAAGCCUACACAGGUUCGUUUCUUUCAAGCAGGGGUGUCAAACUUGGUGAUAUCAAGGUUGUUAUGGCAGAUACUAAAUUCACUUAUGAGGACUGGGUUAGCGUGAGAUUUGGGACAGGUAUGCCAUGGAAGCGUUGCUACGCUGUUAUCUCCCCACAGUCUAGCAAAAAAAAGAAAAAUUCAAAAGGCUCAAUAUGUUUCUAUGAAAAUGACAAAAAAACCAAAAAAUCAAACAUCAUGACAACUGUAGUGGAUGCAAGGGCUUUAUAUGCCGUUUAUCCCUCUUCACCAAUAUUAAUCGACACAUCUACAAUCAUAAAAUUGGAAGGUUUUGUAUCUUUUGAAAAAAGUGAGGAACCUCAGGAAACCAACAUAUUCAUCAUGCCUGAAAAACACCAAGGUGUUCCUGGAUAUGACACUAUUAUUCGUUUUCUAAUCCCAGCUAUGAAUGCUUUCUAUUUAUAUGGCAGGCCAAAAGGUUUGAUUGCCAACAGAAUUGACCCGGAUUCCUUGCUGUUUGCUUUACCAACGCUUCCGCAUAUAUAUUAUUUACAGGUGGAUGAUGUUCUAUCAUUAACAAAAGACAAAAGUUACUUGCAUUGGAAUGCCGCUGACUGGAGAAAUAAUAUUGUUAAAGUAUUACAGAAAAAAUUAAGUAAAGGCUAUAAAGGCUGUGGCAAUAAAUCUGUAUCAAUUGCAUCUGGGAUGAUGAAGUCGCCGGCAAUUAGUUCAGCGGAAUUAUUCGAAGGGUACGAUUCUCUUCCAGAGAAGCAAAUGGAGAGUCCGCAAAAAUCUAAGAUCAAAUCUUCUUCUACACUGCCAUCAAUUGAUGAUAUUAGUUCGGUUCCUGCCUCUGUAAGUUCUCAUGCUACCUCAGUAAAACAAACAGAAUUAUUCGUUGCUGAUAAUUCUUCCAAAAUCAAUGACUGUGUGUCAGCCCAGUCCAGCGUUACCACUAACUUCAAAGAUACUUUCACUACCCCAAUGACAUCGGGGAUGCUUAACCAAGAAAACGCAGACAGAAGCUUUGAGUCAGGCUUAAAACUUAAAAUCCCUGAUGCAGAUUUGAAAAACAUGGAAGACGUUGAAUCGAGCUCUGCUAACAACUUUUCUACGACACCAGAAGACAAACAUAUUCCUUUGGCUAAUGCAGCCGAAUUAUCUGCUCUUUACGACAAAUAUUCUACAUCUCCCUUUGGUAAAUCUGAGGCUCAUUCAAACCCUAAACCUCAAACGUUGGAAGUUGAAGAUCGCCCAAAAAAUGAAACUAGAAGUCCUUAUGAGAGAUACGUAGGCACAUCUGCUGAAAGUAAGACAUUUGAAAUAGGUAACGUCAGAGAGUCGAAGAGCACAAUCAAUACUUCCCUAUCUUCGCCUUUGAGAGUAGAGGAUAAUACACGUUCAAAAAACGAGGACCUGGGAUCCUUAAGAGAGUUUGAAGAGUUGUCUCAAAAGAUUAGCAAUAUGGGAAUGGGCAAUAUUUCUUCAGAAGCUUUAAAUGACAGAGCGGAGAACAGUUCCUUAGUGACGGACCUGAACUUAGAUAUUAAUAACGGUUCAUCCACCAACCUCCACGUAGAACAACGUAUGCCGGAUUUCGGAGAGGAAAAUGUGUUUGAUCCAGAUUAUAUGGAACAAAACCAAAUGUUAGAGACAGAAAGUAGGUACACUACGGAUGAAUUUGACUUUUCAGAUAACCAAGAUGCAGCAUCCAGUGAAUAUAGCAAUGUACAGACCAACCGAAUGGCGACUGAAAUUUUUCCCACUGGUGACAAAAAUGACAAGAUUCCGCAUUCUUCUUUAUUUACAAAUUUAAACCAGCUUACUUCGAAUGGAGGCAAUUAUCAAGGUAGCUCCGAUUUAACUGGUGAUCAAAUGAACAAACCUCUACAAUUUCAACCACUUCAUGUGAAAGGACCACAAUCUUCUUCAUUUGGUUACAAAAAUUCUUCAGCCAAUACCUCGCAGCCCCAAGUCCCAUAUCCCGCUGGCCGCCCGUUGGGUAAAAUAAGAACAGGCCCAUUGACCAUUCAACCCAUGCAACAAGGCGGAGACUCAUCAAUGGGUACUUUUCAAUCUCCACAACAUCAGUUACCGACGCCACAACAGCGUCAAAUCCAACCACUUUCCUUCAGAAACAAUGCCUAUGGAAGCGGUAACAACCAGAAUACCCUCUAUCCAUCACAGCAGCAGCCUCAAGGUAUGAGGUAUAUGAAUAAUAAGGCUCAAAUAAAUGAUAGAUCUCAGAUACCGCAAACACAAUAUAAUGUACAAGAUGACCGUCCUAGCCUCCAUAUAAACACCAGCAACCGAACAAAGCCACGUACUGUACAAGGCGGAUUUUCACAGUUUAUGCCUCCCAGUAGCACAUCAACCAACCCAUAUUCCAACUAG